CUUCUCUUUGCCACAGACAAGCUUAACAUCAACCAUAAGAAGAAUAGAGCAAAGGAACAUGAGUGGAGAUUUCCUAAACAAGAAUUUAAGCAUCUCAGCCUGGGAAACUAACACUACAUGGCUGAAUGGAAGCUACUACUUUGAUAAUCCAGUUUGUGUCACCAAGUUCCAGACCAUGAUUUUGCUUUCCCUCAUCAUUUCCCCGGUUGGGAUGGUACCAAAUGCCAUAGUGCUGUGGUUCCUGGGCUUCCGAAUACACAAGAAUGCCUUCUCUGUCUACAUCCUCAACCUGGCUGCGGCUGACUUUCUCUUUUUGUGUUCUCAGUUUGUAUUUUGGCUUUAUAUUGGCAUUUACACCUUCUACACAAUUGACAUUAAAAUUCCUUUCGGUUUUUAUGUUGUGCCAAAAUUUGCUUAUCUUACUAGCCUGAGCAUUCUCAGCACCAUCAGCGUUGAGCGCUGCCUGUCUGUAAUAUGGCCCAUCUGGUAUAGAUGUAAACGUCCAAGACACACGUCACCUAUCACAUGUUUUGUGCUUUGGGCUAUGUCCCUGGUGUUGGGACUCCUGGAAGAGGUGGUAUGUGGUAUAGUGUUUAGUAGUUUUGACUAUUAUUGGUGUGAAAUACUUGAUAUCAUCACUACUGUAUGGUCAAUUGCUUUAUUUGUUGUUCUCUGUGUGUCCAGCCUCAUCCUGCUUGUCAGGAUCUUCUGUGGCUCACAGCGGAUUCCUGUGACCAGGCUGUGUGUGACCAUUGUACUCACAGUCCUGGUCUUCCUGAUCUUUGGUCUUCCCUUUGGGAUCUAUUGGCUAAUCGAUAAAUGGGUUAGCAAUAUUGAUAAUAUUCAAAUCUGUAAUCUUUAUCAAGAGACACUAUUCCUAUUCUGUGUUAACAGCUGUGCCAACCCCAUUAUUUACUUCCUCGUUGGCUCCAUUAGGCACCGUAGGUUCAGGCGGAAGACUCUUAAGCUAGUUCUGCAGAGAGCCAUGCAAGACACCCCUGAGGAGGCAAAAGGUGGAGAGAAGAGCUCUCCAGAACACCCUGAAGAACUGGAAAUAGUUCAGAGCAACAACUGAGAGCUGCUUCAUCAGACAAAAAUGAUGAUUGAGGGAAAUACUUUUCCUUAUCUGUGUGGACCAUUUUUACAACUUGCUCACUUUGUUUUAAUUAAUUGCUUAAUUAAAACAUUAAUUUUGUAAAAGUUGAAAGAAAUGGAUCUUCAUACAAAUACUGACUGCAGCAAUUCUGAAGCUGUGUUACUUAGGGGUUAUAAUCUCCUUUUGAUGGACUCCUUGUGUAAGUGUUCUGUGGUAAAGAACUGCUCCUACUGUUGAUGAACUCUCCUUCAGUAGAAGGCAAAUGGAAGUACAAGGAAGGGCUGUAUUUGUGUAGUCACUGAAAUUUAUAAUGCUUACACAAAUGUUGUAACUUGCAAAAAUUCUUUUAAGACAGCCUUCUCAGUGUUUAAGACCUACAUAGAUACACUUUAUAAUCCUAGUCCUUAUUAAUUUCUUCAGGUUAUAAAGAAUAUAUGAAGUAAUAGACUUGAUUAUUAAACAAAUAAAUAUUCUCAAACUAAGACUGUUAAAUCUCUCUUCACACAGCUGAGUUCUCACUGUGAACAUCAAAUUCACUGUGUCUCUAAUUUUUAAAAUUGGAAAAGUAAGCUUAGGAUUUGCAAUGAGAUCUACCAACAUCCAUGUCCACAA